AAAACCACAUGCCGGUGUCCGUUUGAAAAUGGCCAAAGAGUUGGGACGUCUCCCGACUCUUCCGGAACUUUACGAGCGGACCCACAAAAACAAGGCGGGCCAGUUUUUAGAUGGCAAGUCCGAGCAAAUCUACAACAACGUAAUUGCUCGGGUUGAGGAGCGCCAGACUCAGCUGACCCAGCAGUCCGGCGACGGAUUACCAGUUACCUUAUCCACAACUGAAGUGGAUAAGAUUUACGAGGAGGUUGUCCCUAAGAAAAAGGGACGUACGUUGGGGAUCGGUUCCGUCAAUGAUGUCCCGAGAGCGACAUCAUCUUAUGCUCAGAGACAGACCGAAGAAGUCACUCAGUUGCGUUCCGAGCUGGGCGCGACCAAAAGCCGUGUGAGUGGACUCGAAGCCUUCAUCGACGUUAUAGCGUCCACAAAUCCGGAAUGGGAAGCUUUGUUGAGGAACAUGAAACAACAAAAUCCCAUUCCAGGCGAGUCAUCGGGCACACAUAACGAGGAGGAUGUUACGAGGAGGAGCGAGGAAUUCUACGAGGCGAUGAACGAGCCUUAGUUUUUUUAGUUUUUUUUCGGUUUAUGUAUUAUAAAAUCCAAAACUUAAUUAUAUAUAAAAUAUUUUGUUGCUUGUGAA